AUGCAAGCUAUAAUUACCACUAGAGCCAGAGAAAAUAAAAUACAGCAAUAUUUCCUUCCCAGUAGAUCCAACAAGACUCCAGUGAGAGGAGUUCGUAUGACAGCUGCGAUGCUUAAUAAACUUCCAAGAAGUGUUAUUUCCAUUUCGGUCAUGGGUCUGUCCAGAGUGGUGUUGACAGAAGAGAACAAGCUUAUUGUGGACGAGGGCCAGGCGAGCGGGAGCAGCGCGCGAGGAGCCGUACGUGCUCAGUGUGUGGUGUGUGCAGGUCUCGGAGCCGUGUCGAGCUCGAGCCGGACCAUGAAGACGCACGAAGACUAUAGAAACGGAGACGGCAAGUAUACAACAGACACACACACGCACACACACACGCACACAUCAUAUACUUACUGUAAUACUCGACAUGAAGUCGCCGGUCUCCAUUAUAUAUCAGUCCCUAUGAUUAUGGUGGACAGUGGUGGUUCUAUUGAAGGAGGAGCCAACUCGGCCGCCUCGCGCUCCGACGACAGCGAGGGGGAGGAGACCAGCGCGCUCGAACAGGAGCUGUCUCUGGAGGACCGGGACGCGCCCGCGCGGGUGCUGCACGCCCUCAACGCGCUCCGCAAGGCGCGGCAGCACUACGACGUGCUGCUGACGGCCGCCGGCGAGGAGGUGGCGGCGCACCGGGCCGUGCUGGCCGCCUGCUCCCCGCGCCUGCUCACGCUGCUGGAGCCCGCCGCGCCCGCCGGCGCCGUGCGCGUGCCCGGCGUGGAGCCGGACGCGCUGCGCGAGCUGGUGGAGUACGCCUACACCGGCCGCCUGCGGGUCAAGGACGCGGGCUCCGCGCGCCGCCUGUACCGCGCCGCCGCCGCGCUGCGCGUCGAGCCCGCGCGCUCACACCUCGCCGACCGCCUGCUGAGGAGACUCACCCCGCACGACUGUCUGUCGCUGAGAGCGCUGCCCGACCUGGCCGACCACCACCGCGCUCUGCUCGACGCCUUCAUAGAGAAGAAUUUUGACGAAAUAUGUGAAAGUGGUGCUCUGGCCGCGCUGCCGCUCAUAAAGAUCGAGCUGCUCCGGGAGACGAGCGCGGAGGGCGGGGAGGAGGCGCCGGCCGCGGUCGCUGACGCCGCGCUCACCUGGCUCAGGGACCACACGCCCGUGCACGUGGACCUGGAGGAGCUCUGUUCCCGCACACACCUGCUGUUCGUGGACGUGAAGGGGGAGUUGAGAGACUGUGGGGAACUGCCGGCGGCCAGGGGAGACGCGCCCGAGCUGGAGGAGUACAGGAGGGAGGCGCGCGAGAGGGAGAGGGGGCCGGGCGGCGGGGGCAGGGGGGAGGACGAGCCCGCGGGGGAGUGUACCGUCAUAGCGGCGAGGGCCGGGGGCGCGGGCGCGGGGGCCGGCGUGACGCGCGCUGUGGUGGCUCUCCGCGGACGACUGGCGGCCGCGAGGGUCGCCUGGAGGACGGGGGGCGCGGAGGGUCCGCGGGGGGGCCGGCUGGGGGGGGCGAGGGACCCGGAGGGAGCGGACCCGGCGGCCGGAGACACGAGCGUGCACAUGUCCGUGGGGAGGUGCGCGCUGGGCGCGGCGGCGCUGAGGGGGCGGCUGGUGGUGUGCGGAGGGUACGACAGUGCGCGGGUGCUGCGGACGGCGGAGGCCUACGACCCGGUGUCCAACACGUGGGCGGCGCUCCCCGACAUGAAGAGGGCACGCGCUCGGUUCCCGGCCGCCCGCCUCGGGGACGCGCUCUAUGUGUUCGGUGGCUCGGACGGACAGACGGAGCUGGACUCUGUGGACGUGUAUGAGGAGCGGUCGGAGGCUCCGUGUGGCGCGUGGCGGGCCGGCGUCCGACUGCCGCUGGCCCGGUCGCACGCGGCGGCGGCGGCGGACGAGGCGCGCGGCCAGCUGUGGCUGGCGGGGGGCUGGGCCGGCGGCCGGGCGCUGCGCUCCGUGCUGCGGCUGGCGGCCGGCGACUCCUGCUGGGCCGAGGGUCCGCCGCUCCGCUGCGGCCGCUCUCAGUGCGCCGGCGUGGUGUGGGACGACCAGCUGUGGGUGUUCGGAGGAUGCGACUCCUGGAACUGCGUGGCGUCCACCGAGCGACUCCCGCUGGGAGAGGACGCGGUCUCCUGGCUGGAGGGCCCGGCCCUACCCACGGCGCGCCGCUCGAUGGGGGCGGCCGUGUGGCGAGGCCGGGCCGUGGCGGCGGGCGGCAGCGCGGGCUCGGCCUCUCUCCGGGACACGGCGUUCCUGGAGGGCGGGGCGGGUCAGGCUCGCUGGCGGGCGGGUCCGUCCCUCCGCCGUCCCCGCGCGGCGCCCGCCCUGGCUGCCCUGGGUCCGUCGCUGGUGGCGGCGGGCGGGUUCUCCGGGAAGCACUUCCUGGCGUGUGUGGAGGUGCUGCACGAGCCGGACGGGGAGUGGACCAUGCUGCGUGACCCGCGCGCCCCGCCCGCGCCGCUCACACCACACAAGGCGGAAGAGAACGGCGUGUCGUGUGUGGAGUGA